UGAAAAAAACGUCCUCCAAACAUAGCAUAUAUGUUGUCAAUCAAGAAAUCAAGCAUUAUAAAUUAUACCUAUCGACAUGGCCGUACCAUACACCGAUGAUGAGAUAUCUAGCAAAAAGAAAAUUGAAAAACAGGAACAAAAUGAAGAUGAUGAACAUAAAAAUCAAACCGGACGUCCAAGGAUAGAAAAACAAUGUAUUGAUAUUGAAACCAAUACAAACAACAGGAAUAAUAAUUCUUUAUCUUGUCUUUUUAUAUUCUUACUUAGUUUGUUUUCGUAUACUCGUAUAAUUGAAGUUAAUUACAAAAAGCAUAUGAUGCGAAAUAUAGCUAGCAUAAAGGUGAAAUGGAAAGCAGAUGAUAAAAUGUUUUCACGGCAGACGAAACAUUCAAAAACAAAAUGGAUAUUUGAUAAUAUUGUAAAACCUUUGCGCUCUUUUCCUCAUAAUGUGUAUUAUACUUAUCCUUUCUUUCCUCAAGACUUCAGUUCAUUUUAUCAAAACGAAAGGAAAUUACAAAUUUCGGAAACUAUGAAAUUCGAAGGAGCUCGAUUUGCAUCUUUUUCAACGUUUCCAGAUAUUCCAGGAAUUUAUGUUACAAGGUUGGCAGCAGCGGGAUUUUAUUAUACCGGAACAGGAGAUGAAGUUAUGUGUCACAGUUGUGGUGCUAUAUACAAAAAUUGGAAAUGUAAUGAUUCAGCAGUUGAUAUUCAUAAACGAAUUUCUCCUCAUUGUUCAUUUUUGUUAGAUAAAAAUGAUAAAGAAAAGGAAAAUCAAGGUGCGUGUGGAAGUAAUGUUAUUGAAGCAGAUAAUAAGGGUGCAAGUAAAAGCUACAAAACCUGGUACCAGACCACUGUUUUGGGAGAUGAUAGAACAGUCGACAAUAAAGUCCCACGAAAUAUAGAUAGUUGUUCUUCAAUUGAUUUUGACAGUGCUGCUGUCGGAAGCAGUGUCCAUAAAGAAUCUGCUUCUGCUAAUGACAAUUCUCCAAACUUGAUAAAAAUAAAUCAAAGCAAUGGUGACAUGUCGAGUAUAUCUGGGAUCGUUACACAAGAGGCAGCGUCAAGAACUACAUUACAUACUGAAAAUAGUUUAACAAAAGAGACCCCAACCCUAGGAAUAUGUUUAGAUAAACCUAAAUAUCCAAAGUACGCCGUAAGAUCAAUCAGGCUAGAUUCUUUCAUAUAUUGGCCAAAACAUCUAACGCAGUCUCCUGAGGAAAUGUCUUUAGCAGGAUUCUUUUUCACAGGCAUAGACGACCACUGUCGGUGCUUUUUCUGUGGAGGAGGACUAAGAAGCUGGGAACCAGGGGAUCAUCCUUGGAUAGAACAUGCUCGCUGGUACCAGAACUGUGCUUUUGUGCAAAAUUGUAAAGGGGAUACAUUUGUAGAAGACGUACAAAUGAACAGAUUCAUACCGACAACAAAACAGGACAAGAAAGAAAGCAGUGGACAAACUAGUUUACAAAACGAAAAUAGAAAAACAUUGAAGAAUAAAGAUUUUGGGAGUCAUCCUGCUGUUCUGUCUGUUUCAGAAUUCGGAUAUGAUGAAAGUUUAAUAAAGAGAGCUUAUGAUUCCAUCCAGAGAGCAGGAACGACAGGUAUGGCACUACCAUAUAAGAGGGAUAUCACUGGCACAUUAUUACUUGAAAAAAUAUUCCAGUUAGAGGAAAGUUCUAAGAUUGACAAACCUUCAGGACAGCAACAAAACUCAUUGAAAGAAACUUCUGUGGAAAAAAACAAGCAAGAAAUCACAGUAGACCCUGAACUUGAAUUGUCUGUCAGAAGUUUGGAAGAAGAAAAUCAGAAUUUAAGAGAUCAGCAGACAUGUAAAAUAUGCCUGGACGAACCAAUCGCUAUCGUUUUUCUUCCAUGUGGACAUCUUGCAUCUUGUGUGAACUGUGCUCCUGCUCUUCGAAGAUGUCCUAUAUGUCGUGCCUUUAUUAAAGGAACAGUAAAGGCCAUUUUGAGUUAAACUAACUGUUUAAAUUGAUUACGGGCAUUUAAAAUAUAUUACAUAA